AUGUUUAAUUUCUUACUCUAUCUUUUGUUUCAGUUCUGACAUGAUUGUACAUAGUAUAGGAAAUUCUUUAAUGGUAAUUCUUCCAGAAUUAGUAGGUAAAAAAUUAACAAAUUGGUUUGAACUCGUUAGGCCUCUCAUUGCAUUCAAAUUUGAUAUGAUUCUCAAUAGGACAAACAAUAUUUUUGAACUAGUCACCGCACAACCUAUUGUAAAUCAUAAACCCUAUGGAAAGAAUAAACGCGAAUCGGAUAUUAACCUGGAAUCGGACACCGAAAAAAGAAAUUUAAGAUUAAAAGGUCAAAUGAUCUACAUGGAAAGCUGGCAAAUGAUAAUGUAUCUGGGAACUCCUGUAAUGCCCGAUUUAAAUUCACUCAUAUCCACCGGAUUGUACAUUAACGAUCUUUCCAUGCACGAUUUCAGCAGGGACUUGAUGCUGGCGGGAACGCAGCAGUCUGUCGAGUUGAAGUUGGCUUUGGAUCAGGAACAGCAAAAGAGUAAAAAGUUGGAGGACUCCAUGAAAAAGUUGGAUGAAGAAAUGAAACGAACUGACGAGCUUUUAUAUCAGAUGAUUCCCAAACAAGUUGCUGACCGUUUGCGCAACGGACUAAAUCCAGUCGAUACGUGUGAGAUGUUCGAGAGCGUCUCUAUAUUGUUUUCCGAUGUCGUUACCUUUACCGAAAUAUGCAGUCGUAUACAACCAAUGGAGGUCGUCUCCAUGUUAAACGCCAUGUACUCAAUGUUUGAUAAUCUGACGGAGCGCAAUAAUGUUUACAAGGUCGAAACGAUUGGCGACGCGUAUAUGGUUGUUUCGGGCGCUCCAGAAAAAGAUAGCAUCCAUGCGCCGAAAAUAUGCGACAUGGCAUUGGAUAUGAUAGAUUCAAUUCAGGAUCUCAAGGAUCCGUCUACCGGUCAACAUCUCCGUAUUCGAGUUGGGGUACAUUCUGGGGCAGUAGUCGCCGGAAUCGUCGGAUUAAAAAUGCCUCGAUAUUGUUUAUUUGGAGAUACGGUCAACACGGCGAAUCGUAUGGAAUCUACAGGCGAACCGAUGAGAGUGCAAAUUUCUCAUACCACCAAGGAGCUUUUGCCGAUUGAGUACAAAGUUGAAGAGAGAGGCGAAAUUGAGAUUAAAGGAAAAGGGAGCAUGAAGACAUAUUGGUUACAAAACCGUGAAAAUCGUACACCAUUGCCUCGAUCUCUCGAACCACCAAUGCCUGAGUCGGAUAGUCAAACCACGGCAAACGUAGAAGAUAAUCGGCGGACCGGUGUAUACUCUCCGGUAACAUUCCAGGCUGUCGCUCGGAGAAGCAUUGCAAAUUCGCCGACGAAAGAUUCCCGCUCAAAUUCCGUAGGGACACACAAGGAAGCCUCAACCCCAUCGCGUGUAUUCGGCGAUUCCGUAAACGAUCACGGAGAGCUGUUGAUGCAACUUUGCCCAUUGCCCAGCGAAGGAAUACUUCAAAUCAAGAAAAAUCGCUACUACAAAACCGCACGAAGUAAAUCGCACUUUCACUUUCAAGAUCAUCUACCCAAACACUUAACGGUAAAAAACACAUACAGCGAAGAGCAUUUCAAAGCAAUCCAAAACGUCGCCAACGAAGCAAAUGCCAAAACAUGCACCGAUCACAACGAACCAGUAAAAAAUAGUAUUCACCGUACCGCUUCCGAAGAAUGCGGAUUUGAGACUGGAACUUCUAAACUUCAUUCUUACGCUUGUGUGAUUUUUUAACGGUAAACGAAACGUCAACGCUACUGCACUGCUCAUCAAUAUUUUUAUGAAAAAGUAUAUUUUUAUACCAUACGAUAUGGAAAAUCCACUACGGAGCAGAGAACGAAUGAAUCUAUUUUCUUUAAGAUGAAACGAUCGUGCAGAUAUUUUAAUCUCACUUAUUUUCAUUUUCCACAAGUGCUUACCUUAUUUAAAUUUAAAAAAAUCGAGUUUAUUAUAAAAGUUGAUUGAAAUAAAAAUUAUUUAUUUUGAA